UUCUAUGUAACUAUGUCAUUAUCCUGCCUGCCUGGAACUGCAACCCUACUAGAGGAACUGGAUAAGAAGCUAAUGGUCCUGCUCCGGGAUGGAAGAACUUUGAUUGGAUAUUUACGGUCUGUGGACCAGUUUGCUAACCUUGUUAUACACAAUUGCAUAGAAAGAAUACAUGUAAAAGAUGAAUACGGUGACAUUCCCCUUGGAGUUUUCGUUGUGCGGGGAGAGAACGUAGUUCUGCUAGGGGAGAUUGAGGAGAAGGAGGAGUUGAAGGGGAAACUUAAGCAGGUCAGUCUCAAGGAGAUCCUGGAGAAACAAGCAGUUCAACAAGCAGAAAAAGAAGAAACAGAAAGAUUAAGAGCAAAAGCAUUCAAGGAUCGAGGUUUGAGUUACACUGCUGAGGCUGCUUAUGAUGAUACGUACUGAAACGUGAGAUUGAAUCCAUCUCUACUCUCUCCCACUACUCAGGGCUGUGCUAAACAUUUAUAUCUCUUAUUUACACAUUGUUGAUUAUUUCAGAAAAAA